AGAAUCUCCCACAGAGAAAGAAAUCGUGACGCAAUCCAGUCGCAAGUGCUUCGGCGGAUGAGUCAUCGGUCGAUUAAGGGGAUCAUCCGGAGAGGGAAUUUCCAGAGAGACAGAGAGAACAAGAGAGAGAGAGACCAGCGCUUGCGCUCACCGGUCUGGAAGUGAGAGAUUUCUCCUGCAAAAGUCUUUUCUUGCAAUUCUUGGGUCCGCCAUCAAAUCCCACAAACAUCGAGAGAGGCACCAUCUCUCCCAUCGACAAACCCAACUAGAUAUUCUGGUGAAGAAUCAGAGUGACAGGAAAUCCCAGUGAGAGAGAGCAGGAAGCUCCGGGAACAAAGGAAAAAAUUGUGAUAUAGGAAUUUUUUUUGAGUGUGAGAUUUGUGCCAAUUUUCUGCACACAAAAUGGACUUUACGGGAGAUUUUGAUGCGAAAAUCGACCACUCCCUGACCCAGGGGAGUGCUAGUGGUCAGAAGGGGAACACCCAGGCUGUCAGUCAGACAUCAUCAACGGAUGACUUUGAGCAUGUCGAUCCCUUCUCAUCGCACAAUCUCAUGGAUCACGAUGAUUUCUUCAAUGCUCCGCCCCAAAAGCCCAAGGAGGAGGCAAAUCUCCUGGACGAUUUCAUGCCCAGUGACAUUCCAAAGGCAAAGGAGCCAGACUUUGGACAAUUUACCGGUUUGUCGGACGACUUUGGCUUGCCCAAAUCCCAGGCAGACACCACAAAGAGCUUCAUGGACGCUGAGAGAUUCCAACCAAUUCCUCCGAAGGCAGCAACUCCUCCGCUCCUGGAUCAGAUUGAGGAUGACUAUCUCAAUCCAUAUGCCUCGCAAAAGGAGAAGUUUGUGUCCUCGGAGGACUUCCUCGAGGAUUUCAAGGAACCUCCACCGCCAGAAAAGAAGGCUCCAGCUCCGGAACCACUGAUUCCGGCUAAAGCUCCUGAGCCUCCAGCUCCCAAACCUGCACCAGCGCCCCAAGAGAGACCCAAAGCCGAGCCUCCGAAGCCCCCUCAGGCCGCUGCCCCGGUGACUAAGAAGGUGGAGGAGAGGAUUGCAGCUGAAGAGAUGUUCUGCCGCAUCGGAUUGGGUGAGUCUAAAAGAUUUCCUCAUUUUAUUCAGUUUUACGCAUUCGUUUUUUUUUGCGUUCCGUUGCCAUAAUUUUUCCACUGAGUGCCUUGUGUCGCUUCAAUCAGCAAAUGCAGUAUCGGAAAUUUUAUCGCGAGUGCUUCCGUUCAAAAUUUUUAUUUUUAUGCACAAAACAAAAAAAAAGUCUAAAAGUGUUUUCAUUUUGAGACGGGAAGUGUUCAUUAAUUAUUUUCGAGUGAAUGAAUUAAUAUCGAAAUUGAGUUUGGAAAGGAAAGGUUAUGUUUUUAUGAUUCAUAUAACCUCAAUAUUGCAUAGCCCCAUAUUAAGAAGAAAAUUAUAAGAUACCAAAAUAUUGUUUUUUCUUAAUUGUUUAUUUUAUAAAUUCUUAAGUCAUGGGGUAAAGUGAUAUAAGUUGGACAUGGUGUUACGAGUUGGACAAUUCGCCGGUACAAGUUGGACAUGGUUUUUUUCUUGAUAAAUACAGUGCAAAAUUUGUCUUUAAGCACAAGGAACCACAUUAUAAAACUAAUGGCUCCGGCACACCUUUUAGAUCAGGAAAAUUUUGUUAAAUUAAAAUUCGCAUCCCUUUCUUUCUCACGCGUUUUGCAAAUAGCUAUCUCAUUCUUCCGCGUUCCAAAUUCGAUUGAGCUAAAUUGAAUUUGGAGUCACGUUUAAAAGAAGAAGAAAAGUGCGAAAGAAUGAGAUGGAGAUAUGCAAAGCAUAUGAGAAAGAAAGGGAUGCUAAUUUCGACUUCAUGAAAUUUUCCUGAUCUAAAAGGUGUGCCAGAGCCAUAAAGAAUUAAAAAUAUACAAAUAAAAAUGAAGUACUAAAUUUAUCAAGAAAAAAAGCCCUGUCCAACUUGUACCACUUUACCCUACUGUACAUAACCACAACCACAACAAUUUUUUUUAAUUAGAUGAAAAUAGAAUUAUUUAUCAUAAAAACUUUCACCGGUAUUUUUAUUCCGAAGUAAUGGAAUAACAGUGAGAAGAAUAUGGUGGCCAAACGGGAUAAACCACAAGUUGAGUCGGAAGCAAAGUUUUGUGAAACAUAACCUAAAAGAGUGUCAAACCUGUUUGGGGUGAUACUUUUUAAAAUAAAACGAGUGCAAACAACCAGAUCAACCUAAUUUUAUGUUAACUCAGUUAACGUAAUGAAAAAUUCAAAAGUGAGGUUAAAAUUGAACUUUCCUUUAACAAAGGAUGAUUUGUUAAGUUAAUUAAUAUAAUAGCUUUGACUUUUGCUAUUAUAUGGCGAAGAUUACAACUUUAAUUAAAAGUCUUAUUUUUGACUAUUUACAAAUACUUUAUAAUACGUAUUUGACUACAAUGCGUGCGUUUAUUAGACUGAAUUCAAUAUUCAAAAAACCUGUCCUGUACAAUAUCUUCCUAUCUCUUUUAUAUGUAUAUCUAUCUCAAUACACUACAAUGAAAUGAUUAAAUUUGACAAAAUGUUUUAAAAAUGAUUGUUUUUAGAUUUUUCAGAAAUUAGUUAAAAACAUGCAAUAUUAUUCUUGAAUUAGCUAAAAGAUUGUAAUAACUGCAUUUUUUUGUUUUAUUUUUAUUUAUCUUAAAAAAACGUUAAAGUACUCUUGGAUUUGAUCAUCAUUUUUUCCAUUAAUAUUUCCAAAUUUAGUAGCUUUUAUAAAAGAAAGUUUUUUCCCUUCAGUUUACUGUGAAAAUUAUCUAGAAACAAUUAUGGAAAAAAUUCACAGUUUUAAAAUGUUACAUACUGAAGGGUCGGAAUAAGCUCCGGAAAAGUAUUAAAGACAAGUUUGAGGAAUUCUCAGACUUAGAAUAGUCAAAAUUUACCUAUAUAUUUGAAUAGUGUACACUGUACAUUAUAUUAGAAAACUACAACAACAUAUUGCAAAACAAAAAUCUGAAAUUUCCUAAGGUAUUUAAAAUUUGUCUUGUUUUCACCGUUUUCCACUUUUUUUGUAUAAAAAGCACGUGGUAAUUUUCAGGUUAUGUCAAACCUAACCUAAUAAAAAAUACAUAAUUUCCGUGGCAGAAUAUAUUAAUCUGCAGUCCACAUAGAGAUAGUUUUUUUCAAUAACCAAGGCAAAGAAAAUGAAUAUCUAUCGUUUUUUUGUAUUAUUUUUUAACUUCAAUAAUAAGAGAUGUUCAACAAAAAAAUUUUAAUUGUUUAUGAAUUUUGAAGUUAGAAGAUUGUGGACUUUUUUUUUUACAUUAAAGAAUAUUUCAUAGAGAUUUCUUAUCGUUAGAUGACAUUUUUUUGAACUUAUUUUAUUCAUAACCUCAAAUACUAGAAUAAUCUUUCUACCAGAGUUCCCCAGAAGCAAUUUUUUGUUCAAUCAUCGCUAAAAAGUUUUUCGGUCACUUGCAAAAAUAAAAUAUUCUUCAAUUCCGGCCGUAUUACAACCAAAACGUGAAAGGGAAUAAGAAAAAAAGAUAUUCUAGAUUUAGCAUUGAUCGAUCUCAAAGAUUCAUAGUAUUUGAAGGAGUUAUGGAUAAAUGCCCAUUUUUCGAACAGCAUUUCAAAAGAGUCCACACUUUUUUCUUUUUAAGUUAAAAGAAUUCUAAGUGUCAGUUGUAUCCGAAAAGCUGAACAAUACAAAUUUGUAAAAAUAUGGAAAUAGUAUUUUAAAAAGAAAAACAUUUUCUUAUAAAAUAUUCCCACUGUUCUGAAAAAAAUCGUACAUUUCUCGUACAAAAUAUAUUAGCAAAUGUACGAUUAUUUUCGGAGCGGAGGGAGUACAGUAGACUCUCGCUCAUCCGUGAGAGCGGGACCAAAAUGUCAUACGGAUUUUGAGAUUGAUACACAUAAAAUUGUUUGAAAUCCAACGAUUUUUUUGUUUACACUAAAAAUUUGUGGAGUUAAUUCUGACCUGAUCCAAUUGACAUUCUCUCUAAACAUGCGUACUGUCCAAAAAAGUUACAUUAAGAAAGAUUUACAGUAGAUAGAGCACAAUUGCUUUAACAAAAAAAAAAACCAAAACGGGGACAAUGUGUCUACAAAAUUUUUAAAAUUUAACUGUCUCACGGACUUUUUUAUGUCACCCGGAAAAAAGAGUUCACGGAGAAGCGAGAGUCUACUGUAAUAAGCAAAGUUGAGAUAUUAAGUAAUUUGUUAAGAAAUGACAUAACCUCGAAAUGUGAGUAGAUUGGGAGAGUUGUUUUCUAAAAAAACUGAUAGCGGUUUUGGGCAAUAAAUCUUUUGACAAGUCACAAAAAUACGAAAUUAUAUGAUAUAUUUAAUUUGAUCCUGUACUUCUGACAUACCACUACAUAAAAUAGAAGAAGAAGAAGAAGAAAUAAACAAAACUUAACCAAAGUUUUAUCAAUAUUCUAAAAUUUCUUUUUAAAAUUCGUGUUAUUUUAUUUUAAACUUUUAAAAAAUCUAGGUUAUUCAAGAGCAACACAGAUUUUCAAUCUAACCCUAAACAUUUCUUUUUACAUAUUCAUGACAUUUUCUUGAAAUAAUUUAAUAAAGUCACAGUAUAACAUACAUAACUUUGUCUCUAUUCUUCUUUUUGUUUUCCGUAAAAAUUACUCAGAAAAGUUUUAACCAAAAAUUUUUAUAAGAGAAAAUAUGAUUUUUAAAAAAAAUGUUCUAUCAAAAGUUAAUUUUCCGUAAAAUAAAUGCCCAAAUAAAAUUCAAGGAAAAAUGAAUUUGCAAAUACGACACUUGUUGAUGCAAUCGUCAUCUGAGUAUUUUUGCACCUUUGUCAAUUGUCUCGAUGAUGUCAGGUGUAUUUCUGUGCGGUUUUUUUCUCCUGCAGUAUUCUAUCGAAAAGUUCUUGGAUUUCAGCGUAUGCUUAGCAAAUUAAUUUUUCACGGACGAUUCUAGUAGAGAAUUUCUGCGCUUUUUUUGGUCAAGUGCGACCGUUCGAUAUGCUCCACCAGCGCGUAUCCCAUUAAAGAGUCUCCUAUUGUGGAUGGAAUAUUGAUAAGGCCGUCGAUGACCUACAUUAACAUUCCAUACUCUUUGUGGAAAUGUUCGAAAAUUCGCAAAUAUUGCAAUUUUACCAGGAAUUCGGGGAUUUUAAUGUUUAGGAACUUUUGCAAAAUUUCUUCUACAGACUUAUUGAAUAAUAUUUCAUUAUCUAAAUCGGCGAAAUCCUUUUAUUGAUACUCAAAAGAUAAUGCCAAAAUAUCGCGGUAAUUGACGUGAAUUAUGACUGUUAUUGUUGCUGAUAGUGAAGUAUUUGAAAAAUUCACAACAGAGUUGAUUGUAUUCUAGAUGAGUAAUUUGUGAUUGGAUUCAAGGUUAACUUUGAGAUUAGACAUACCUCUACAGAAGCUGUUUUUUUUUAUCAUGAAUUUUUAUUUAAAUUUAUCCAAGUGUUUCGACAAGAAGCUUGAGAACUACAAAUUGUGAAUAGUUGACAGCGCCAUCUAUCGAAAUUUAAUGAGAUUAAUUUUCGUUGUAUUUUUUUUAAAGAUUUUUUCUAAAUACUACAACUAUCUUUUAGAAUUUAUCAGACUUUUGGCUCCUAAUUUUUGUCAAAAUUGCCUUUAAAAAAUUGACAUUUCUGUCUACAAUGAUAAGGAAAAUUGUCUUCAUAAAAACAUUUUUCACAAAAAUUGCUCCCAGUGUGUAGUGUCCUUUGUGCUAGUGACGCAUUGAGCUGUCUACAGACUAGACAAAUUAUGCCCAUAAUACCGGGAGUUCCGCUUUGAAAGAAAUUCUCGGGACCGAAAAGAAGUCCGCGAAUUCACUUCUGUGAAUUCACACUGUGAGACAGAAAAAUUGCAUAGCCACAGGAGAGGUCUUUGGAAUAAGUUACAGAAGCGUCGUGAUGCAUGUAAGAUAUUCUCGGCGCCACUUUUUCUGCGUAUUUUCAGCGCCAACGGUUCGGAAGAAAUGUAUUUCAAAUUUAUCGCGUGAAAAAAUUGCAUAAAUUUAGGGGCAUUUAAAAAAAAUCUGUAAAUGAGCACCCAAAAGUAGGCAAUCUAUAUCAAAUUCUUUCAAUCCGUUUUGACUUAAAAGCCAAAACUCCCUGAAACAUUUCAAUGUAACAUUGAAAAUAAGCUUCAAUAUUGAAGUGAAUAUUGAAACCAAUAUAUUUUCUUAAAUAUUAAAGUUUUAUGUCAGUAAAUCUUUAGUGUGGAGGCAAUCCUUUUCGUCAAUAUUAGAUAUUGAAAGCAAGUAUUCCAAUAAAUUUUGUCUAAUGUGUAGCCAGCUUUGGUCAUGAAAACUAAUUUAUGUAACAUAACCUCAAACAGCUCAAUCCUAAUUAUCCGUUAUCGAUUAUUUCUGUGCCUUCAUUAUAGUGAAAAUUGGCUUAGAAUCCUAAAUAUUGGAACUUAAUAGCUUCAAUGUCCUUUUCCCACCAAUUUGAGUAAAAUUUCCAAAAUUUCAACAACUAAGCUCAAAAUGAAAUUAUUGUUACUUCAGGUUUUUUUUUUUUAAAGAAUAUCUUCUAGGGGAAGUUGCCUAUUUUUCCAGUGAAGAUGAGGUUUAUGAUUAUCUAUCUAAUGCCUAAGAAAUGAGGAACUAGCACUUUUCAAACAAAGAAAAAACUCGGAUUGUUUGAAGGCUCAAGCGUGCGAAGCAUCCCUCACUUCCCCUAUAACAAAAAUAUUUCAUUUGCAAUUUAGCCCUUAAGUUUUUUAAGUCAAACAACUCUAAAUAGGUCAUUUCUCACCCGAUUUGGUUAAUAUUGGAUUUCCUUGAAAGGUCUUAAAAUCCCCACACAGCACAGUAUUUGAUAACGGCAUCUACGAUCUUCUUGUUCUAUUUGAUUAUAUUCUUUCCGUGGCUAGGGACAAACUGAGCGCGAUAUGGAUUCCCGACGAGUGGUGGAACUAUCUGAUUCGUAAUUCUCUUGAAAUGUCAAAAACUCAAAGUGAUCAAUUACUGAAAAUCGUUUUCUUAGUGUAAAAAAAAAGUUUUAUGUUAAAAAAAAUGGAUCGAUCGAGAUUUGAUCAGGAGUUGUUGCAGUGAUAAUUCAUUAAUUUACAUAUUUUCCUCUUAUCUCUGAUUAAAUUGUAAAAACAUCGCGGCUGGAACUUUAAUCACAGUGGGUGUUAGCCGUGUUAGCGAUCAUACAAAGCAAAAUUUAAUAAUAUCAGGCAAAGUUUUUUUUUAAAUUAAAAUUAACAUGACAAUUUUGCUACGUUUUUCAUACAAACUUGAAAUGGAAAAUAUUUUACUAAUACAAAAAUUAUUUUUAAUUUUUUUUUUGGUAAUUUUUAAUUGUUGGAAGACUAUUAAUAAAUAUUUUUUAUACAUGUUUUUAUAUUAUUUUAAAACAUUAAUUAAAAUUCUUUUGUAAAUAAAAGUAUUCUUGUAUCUGACACUCCUUGUUUGUCUGCCUCUAGAAGGAAGUUAACAAUCUUCUGUUAAUAUCUUCCCCUACUUCUAUAAGAAAUAAAAUAAUGUUGGUACAACAUUUCAUUGAGGAAGGUUUCGCGCACGAGAUUUCUAGACGUGAUUUUUUUAAAAUAUAGGAAUAGGGGUUAUCAAUCCGUUUGUCUGUAGAAUUGAGGUCAAUAAGGCUCACUAAAUGCAAUUCAAACCCGAUUAUUGCCGGAAAAAAAUCUGGUGACCAAAGGAGAUUCGAACCCAAGACAGUAGUUGUGUCAUACAAGUACUCUACAAUUUAAUCCAUUGUUUACAUUUAAGGAAAAAAUUUUUUUUAAGUUAAUUCAAUCAAAUAUUUUUCGAUCGAAACCCUCUUGGCUAUUGCAAUUAAGAUUUUACAUAUCACUCCCUUUGAUUGAAGAAGCACAAAAUGUAAGACAUUUUCUAUGCAGCGGAUCAGCUCUGCAAAAGCUUGAGAUCAAAUCUCGAUUCACUUAAUUCUUUUUUUUCCAUUUUUUAUUGGUUGCUAUUGUAUUUUUUUCGCAGUAUCAUUACUUAUUUAUCUAGAAAACUUUGGUAUUUCAACUCUGUGCUUUCAAUGCAGCAAUAAAUUUUUUCUAUCGUUUUUCCCACAUUGAAAAGUGUUUUAACAACACACAUUUUUUUUGGGGAAGAAAAUUCCUCUGCUUCAAAUUCAGUUUUCUCUCAAAAUUUGGUGAAGAUAAUUUCUGUGCAAAGAACCACAAAAUGUAGCUCAAGUGUGAAUUGAAAGACUUGACUGUAAUUAAAUUACGAAGACGAUGCUAGAAUUAACUUUGAGUUAUUUCUAACGAAUAAUCCAACAACACUUAACGGUUCCUGCAUGAGAUUGUAAGACUCUAUAAGAAAUUGAUGGAAUAAAUUAGUCAUGUUUCACAGCCACUAGGAAUCGUCAAUUGUAAUCGCACGAUGAGUGGAUUUAUCGCAUUCACGUAAUUCUUUUCGCAACAUCAUUCGACUUUGAUAAGAAAGUCACUAACACACAUUUUCGUGGAACUUUUAUUUGGGGCGACUCACCUUCUUUUGACACGAUUUUUUUUCACCUGAUUCCUUUAAAUUCAAGUUGAUUCACAGAAUCCACUUGCUUCACAGAAAUUUUGAAUUUGAGAAGAACUUUUCACAAACUUUGGAGUGCACUUCUCUCAAGUGAGAAACAGUCCAGCCAGAAAGGCAGAGGCAGAAGAGAGUGUUUUGGAUGGAAACUUAUCCAGCACGUGAAUUAGUAAUUAUAACCGAGAGAGCACAAAUUGGCACAACUCACGUAAUUUAUGAUUAAAAUCACAUUUGAAAAUUAGAGCAGAUUUUUUAAAGGGUGUUUCUGAAGCAUUGAGAAUCGAAUAUUUAAAGUAGAUUCUCCUUUUUAAGCACUUUUAGCCUUGAAAACUUUGGAAUUUUCUUUUGUAAAAAAAAGAAAGAAAAGAAAUUUCACCUCUUGAGCUCACGAUCACGAACUAAAACCAACAGUUGAGUUGAACCUACAAAAUGCGAAUAGUCUUUAUCAAUUGGGUGGCGCGACUCCCAGCCAAAAGUGGAAGAAAAGGCCAAUGGAAUAAGAAACGAAAAAGAGACACGGGGCGAAAAUUUAUCGGGAGUUGCUAUCAAAUAUGGUUACACAAUAUAUCUCUAUCCAAUCACACCAAAAAUAUGACUAUAAGCAAUGAUUCUCUUUAUUGUAUCUCAUGGGGCUUCUUCAACUUUUGUCACAUACUCAUUGAUGUUUAAAUACAUUGGAGAAUUAUUUGUACAAGUUUAUUUACGCGUAAUUAAUAGAGAGAUGCUAAGAUUUCUGAGAUAAGAUUCCGUUUUUGGACACUUAAUGAUUUCAGUGGUAGAACGCUCGUUUAACGUUGCAAGUGUCCUGGGUUCGAAUCUUCAUUAGGUCCAUUAGGUCAUAAUAUUUUUUUUUGCGAUCAAUUAUGUUCGAAUCGUAUUAGUAAGCUUCAUUGAACUCAAUUCCACCCUUCAAAAAACUCCUCCCGAAGGAAAUUUCAUCAGAGGAUUCACUAUAGAAAUUUCACCAGGUACCAAAGGAAUUUUCCUCCAUAAGUCUCCAAGAUUACUCAUCAUAGGACUUCGAGGGGAAUUGCUCGAGAAAUUACCCACUAAAGAGUAGAAAUUUCCCGAGUAGACCAUAGGGGUUUCCAUUGGCAUUUUCUUCUUUCGGAAAACAUGGUAACUUCCUAGGGAAUUUGGACGGAAUUCCUAGAGAAAUUUCUAUGUGCAAUUUCCAUUAUUAUUCUCUAGGAUUUCCCGCCCAAAAUUUCGAUAUUUACAUCGGGGUUUUUCUCUCUGAAGUCUCCGGCAAAUUCAACAACGAGAAUUAGGGUGGAAUCUCUGGAAAAAUUACUCCGCUGAGGUGUCGACAUUUUCCAAAGAGAUCCCUUUAAAUUCCCUUGGAAAAUUUCCCCAGAAAAUUUUACUGAUUCCAAGUGAAUUCCCGAUAAAUUCAAGGGGAAAUUUUACGCGGAAGUUUUUACCGACAUUCUUGGGGAUUUAAAGGGGAAAUUUCCUCAUAGUGAUUGGAAAAAUAGCCUGGCCAUUCCUAGGGGAUUCCUAUAAAUUUCCCGAGGAAAAGUCUUCGAAUUUUCCAGAUCAUUCUCGGAGAUUUCCCAGGGAAAUGGAAGGGAAAAUUCACCCUGGAAGAGGAAAAUUCCUUCCGGAGAUAAAUGAAAAUUCCGUGGCGAGUUCAGGGGAAAUUCUGAUUCGAGAUGGUUUUCUGGUUGCAAAGUUCAUAUAGAACAUCGAAUAUUUUAUUCGAUAAUAAAUGAAAAGAGAGAAAAAUAUAAUAGUAGAGACCUAAAAGAAAAAGAAA